GUUACCCACCACUUUAACUUUGGCGCGACUUUUUUAGACCCUGACGCGUUUUCAUUAAACUGAUUCUCUUUCUUAUCAGUCAGCUAUUAUUUCCUUUUCUUUUCUCAUCACCGACAAGAGACCUUCUAUUGCCUUCAUACACACUUGUGAUCUAUUAAGGUCAAUCUUGUUCAACAUGUCGGUCACCGCAGCACAACAAGCUAUUACCCAAGGGGCUUUAGAUGCUAUUUUCAGCGACCCCGAACACGUUGAGCAACAUUUUCCCGUCCCUGUCCUACAAUGUCUACAAAUCAAGCCCCUCGCCGCACAACAAGGCCCUAGUGGCCCACAGCCUGAGCGGUAUCGUGUAGUUCUAAGCGAUAUACGCAACUAUGUUCAAUGCAUGUUAGCAACUCAGGCGAAUCAUGUCAUCCACAAUGGUGCCCUUGUCCGAGGCUGUCUUGUUCGAGUAAAAUCAUACCAGGCAAAUGCAGUAAAGGGAAAGAACAUUCUUAUCAUCCUCGAUCUCGAUGUUGCUUCAGAACUCGGUGUCCACGAUCGAAUUGGCGAGCCUCAAGCCUUCGAAGCCAAGCCACAGACGGGAAAUGCCGCCAUCGGCGGCUCAAAUUUCUACGGUGCGAAAACCGAAUCUUCGGCACCGGCCAUCAAGUCUGAACCAAUGUCGUCGCGUAUGGGCGGGAACACAACAUCCCAUAGCAAUGGGAAUAAUGUCGUAUAUCCGAUUGAAGCACUCUCUCCCUACGCGCAUAAAUGGACUAUCAAGGCCCGUGUGACACAAAAGUCGGAUAUCAAAACCUGGCACAAGGCAUCAGGCGAAGGCAAAUUAUUCUCCGUUAACCUUCUCGACGAAAGUGGCGAAAUUAAAGCAACCGGGUUCAACGAACAAUGCGAUCAGUAUUACGACUUGUUGCAAGAGGGCCAAGUUUAUUAUAUUAGUAACCCGUGUCGUGUAUCCCUAGCGAAGAAGCAAUUCAGCAAUCUUCCCAACGACUACGAACUCACGUUUGAGAGGGAUACAGUCAUUGAGAAGGCUGAGGACCAGUCCAGUGUGCCCCAAGUACGCUUCAACUUUGUUAACAUCCAGGAACUUCAAUCCAUUGAAAAAGAUGCUACGGUCGAUGUCGUCGGUGUUCUGAAGGACGUUGGCGAGGUUUCUUCUAUCACUGCGAAGAGCACAGGCAGACCGUAUGACAAGCGCGAGUUAACUUUGGUCGAUGAUUCUCAAUUCUCGGUGCGCCUUACGCUAUGGGGAAAGACAGCCAACUCCUUUGCUGCCCAACCGGAGUCUAUUGUUGCCUUCAAGGGCGUGAAGGUGUCCGACUUUGGAGGUCGUUCGCUCUCCCUGCUUCAGUCUGGUACCAUGUCUAUUGACCCCGAUAUUGAAGAAGCGCACCGCUUGAAGGGCUGGUAUGAUUCUCAAGGCCGUACUGAUAGCUUCGCUAAUCACAACAAUAUGUCAUCCAUGGGUAACGCAACAGGUCGUGUCGACCAAACGAGGGUCAUCUCCCAAGUCAAGGACGAGGGUCUUGGGAUGGAGAAUACUGAUUACUUCAAUCUAAAGGCUACGAUUGUCUACAUCAAGCAGGAAAAUUUCGCGUACCCCGCAUGUAGCAGCGAGCAGUGCAACAAGAAGGUUGUCGAUCAAGGCGAUGGUACCUGGAGGUGUGAGAAAUGCAACAUAAGCCACGCCAAACCCCAGUACAGGUACAUCAUGAGCGUAAACGUCAACGACCAUACCGGUCAAUUGUGGCUGUCGUGCUUCGACGAUGUUGGGCGUGUUAUCAUGGGUAUGACGGCCGAUGAGUUGAUGGAGAUCAAGGAGAACGACGAAGACCGUGUCCCAGGUAUAUUCGAGGCUGCGAAUUGUUCCAAGCUACAUUUUAGGUGUAGAGCCAAGAUGGACACCUAUGGCGAAAACCAACGGGUGCGUUAUCAGGUCAUGAGUGCCAGUCCAUUGGACUUCCGGGCCGAAGCCUUGAAGCUAUCGGACAUGAUCAAGCAAUUUGGCAUUAGCUCAUGAUCGCAGCCACCCAGCCUGUUUUGGUAUGUCGCCGAGUGGGAUGUUCCCAAUAUGGUCUAGGGACGACGGCAUGUGGGUAGAUGACGGUCCGCAUUAUCCACGGAAUCAUAGUUCCAUGAUAUCACUAAUGAAGGUGACAAAGGCCUUCGGGGAAAUGAAUGGUGAUAAAAGAUACUAUACGUUCCUGGAGGGUGAGUCAGGUAGGCUGGAAUGGCUCGGGGUCUCAGUUGCCAACGAUUCACGUUUACAAGACAACAUAGGCCAGUAGUGGAUACGAUAUCUACUAACGUAUCGCAAUGAGGGUUGCUGACCGCUAAGAGGCCCAUAGCUUAAGAUAAGUUAAAGCCAUAUGCACAUGUAUCCUAGGAGAAAAAGGGCGCUUAUGGCAUAGACUGGUAAUGAAAGAUGAAUAAUAGCAUAGCAAA